GGUUUGGUCGACAGUUUGGUCGAAAAUGGAAAAAGAAUUGGAUAUAUCCGUGAAUUUGUCAUCAUUUUUCUUGAAGAGCAUAGGGCUGUGGAUAGCUGACGACUCCACGGAUGAACGUCGAAGAAAGGGGAUGCUCGCCUACACGGUUUGGUGCACCUUCUUCUCCACCGUGAUCACCAGCAGAGAUUUGUACUUCACUUGGAUUUACAAUGGCGACAUUCUUUACGCCCUCACCAACUACACGAGCGUGAUGAUGAUCUUACUGAAAAUAUGCGUCAUAGUGGUGCAUAAAGGUGAAUUUAUUAAUCUGAUCGUGCACAUGCAACAAUAUUUCUGGAACGUCAACUACGAUUCUCGCGAGAAGGAGAUUUUGAACAGUUGCAAAAAGACUUGCGCCUUUUUCGUUUCCUCCGUCACUUUUAUCGGUAUAUGCGCUAUACUAUCGUAUCUAACGACACCGUUUACAGCUCGUAUUGGAAACAACGAAUCCGAAAGAAUACUUCCAUUUAAUAUGUGGCUGAAUUUGCCACUUUCGCAGACCCCUUAUUACGAGUUAUCGUUCAUUAUCCAGAUAGUAACAUUGUAUUGCAUAGGGAUCUGUUACUUUUGCUUCGACAACGUUUUCUGCAUCAUGGCCAUCCAUUUGACCGGCCAAUUUCGCAUACUCGGCUACAGAUUUACGAAACUGUGCGACACAGAAAUAUGCGAGAAAGGUGCGGAAUCUGGGCUGGCGAAGCGCGUGCACACGUGUUACGAGAAAUUUAAGGAGCACGUUCGAUACCAUCAGGCCCUGAUCAACUUUUACACCAAGCUUGAAAACGUGUACACGAUGAUUAUACUCGGCCAAGUGAUAUUAUUCAGCGUGUUGAUCUGCCUGUUUUGCUAUCAAGUGUUGCUGGCUAACGCUCCCUCCGCGAGACGUUCCAUUUUCAUCUUUCUUCUGAUCGGCGCCAUGUCUCUGCUGUUCAUGUUCACGUACAGCUGCGACGGUGUGAUAGAGCAAAGCGACAACGUCGCAGUAGAGGCGUACUCGGCACUGUGGACGAUUUUGCCGAUGGACAAAUUUGGGAGGAUGAUUCGAAAAGAUCUGAUAAUGGUGAUGGAGCGUUCGAGACGCGUUUGUUGUCUCACGGCGAACGGAUUUUUCCCCGUCUCUUUGGAAACCUAUACCACGAUCCUGAGUACCGCGGUGUCCUACUUUACACUGUUGCGAAAUAACGUAGAAAAUGAUAAGAACGAUCAAUCAAAGUCGAGGCUGGUCGCCUCGAUAAUCAAUAUACGCGUUCUGCACUCCGGUAUAGCUCGAUGCACGAGCGCGCCGGCCAGUUUUAUUGGUGAAAACGACAUGGGUUUUCUCGAAAGCGACAUAUCUGUCAGGCUGACGUCAAUUUUUAUGAAGCUCGUUGGAUUGUGGAUGGCGGCCAACCAGUACGAGCAACGGAUGAGAAACGCCAUGAUCACGUACAACGUGGUCGCCAUUCUUUUCGCCCUGUGGAUACAAACUAUGGAUAUAUACUACUCGUGGGGCAAUUUGAGCGCUUGCAUUUUCUCCACCUCGAACACGCUUUCGUUGAUUUUGCCGUUGUUGAAGAUAUUCAUUCUGCUCAGUCACAAGGAAGAAUUUUUCCGUUUGAUCGUGUACAUGCAAAGGAAUUUUCUGCGCGGGAAUUACGACGAUUAUGAGAGAGAAGUGGUGUUCGGUUGCAAGCGGAAGUGCACCUUCUUCAUUUGUUUCUUCACGUUUUUUACAAUGGCGACUAUUGUUUCUUACAUCGCUAGUCCAAUCGUUGCAAAUAUUGGAAAAAACGAGUCGGACAGAGUGCUUCCAUUCAACAUGUGGGUUAACCUACCACUAAGUAUGACUCCAUAUUUUGAAAUUACGUUCACAUUACAGGCAGAUGGGGAUAUCAAAACACGUUUAAUCUUCAGUUUGCACGUAUUAGCAUGUCUGUGCCAAUUACUGAUGUUCAGCUACAGCUGCGAUUGCAUUAUACGAGAAAGCGUGAACGUGGCUACAGCAGCGUAUGGGGGGCCUUGGACGUUGCUACCAAUGACUACAAAUGGAAAAAUGAUGCGAAAAGAUUUGAUAGUGGUCAUUAUGAGAUCCAGCAUACCUUGUUGCUUGACAGGAAAAUUCUUCAUCGUCUCUCUCGAAACAUACACCAGUAUCAAAGUGGCUGGUCGCCUCCACCUCGAUAAUCAAUAUGCACUCCGCGCUGGUAUAGUUCGACGUAUGAACGUACCGGCCAGUUUAUUAACGAAAACGAGCAUGAGUUUUCUCGAAAGCGACAUAUCUGUCAACUUGACGUCAAUUUUUAUGAAGAUCAUUGGAUUAUGGAUGGCGACGAACCGGCACGAGAAACGGAUAAGAAACAUCACGAUUAUUUACAGCUUGAUCGCAAUUCUUUUCGCUCUGUGGAUACAAAGCAUGAAUAUAUAUUACUCGUGGGGUGAUUUUAGCGCUUGCCUCUUCUCUACCUCGAAUAUCCUGUCGUUAACUAUGCCCUUGUUGAAGAUAUUCAUUCUGCUUACUCACAAAAAAGACUUUUUUCAUUUGAUCUCGUACAUGCAAAGGAACUUUCUGCACGGGAAUUACGACGACUACGAGAGAGAAGUGGUGUUCGGUUGCAAGCGGAAGUGCACCUUCUUCAUUUGUUUCUUCACGUUUCUUACAAUGGCGACCGUCGCUUCUUACAUCUUUAGUCCACUUAUUGAAAAUAUUGGGAAAAACGAAUCGAGCAGAAUGCUUCCAUUCAACAUGUGGGUUAACUUACCAUUAAAUGUAACUCCGUAUUUUGAAAUUACGUACACUUUACAGGCGUUAUCCUUGUACCACAUUGGGGUGAGUUACUUCUGUUUCGACAAUUUUUUGUGCAUUAUGAAUUUACACGUGGCUGGACAAUUUCAAGUGCUGCAACAUAGAAUUUCAAACAUAAUAGAUUCGAUGAAUAAAGAGAAGGAAGAGAAAAGGGAGAAAUUAACCGUGGACUCGUCCUACCUUGCAAGUAAAUGUUAUGCCAUUUUUAAGAAGUGUAUUCGCCAACACCAAGCCCUUAUAGCGUAUUGCAGAAAACUUGAACAGGUAUUCAAUUUGAUUGUCCUAGAACAAGUUUUGAUGUUCAGCUUACUAAUUUGCCUCGACGGAUAUCAAAUACUUUUGGCGAAUGGAGAUGUCAAAACACGUUUAAUCUUCAGCUUCCACAUAUUGGGAUGUCUGUGCCAAUUACUGAUGUUCAGCUACAGCUGCGACUGUAUCAUACGGAAAAGUGUGAACGUAGCAACAGCGGCAUACGGGGGGCCUUGGCCAUUGUUAUCAAUGACCACAAGUGGAAGGAUGAUACGAAAAGAUUUGAUCCUGGUCAUCAUGAGGUCCAGCGUACCUUGUUGCUUGACCGGGAAAGGAUUCUUCAUGGUGUCCCUCGAAACGUAUACUAGUGUUUUAAGCACAGCAGCAUCGUAUUUUACGUUGUUAAAACAGCGUGCAGAAGUCAUUUCGUAAUACAUUUGUCAUUUGUAUUGCGUAACGUAGGUAGUAUAACGUAGUAUUUCUAUCUUAAUUUAAUUCCUUG